GUCAAUGGAACUAGCAAGUCAGAUGAAUGGCUACCUUACGGGAGUCCGCAGGAGAUGGAUACACGGCAGAUACAGCUGGGCGAGUAUACUUGGUCGACUGUGGACAGUGCUGAUCUUGCGAAUAUGAUCACCGGACCGGGGACAAUGCUGCGUGGUAGAAGUAGCUUCUCAAGCUUCUCAAGGCUCGAUAUCUUCAUCCAUGCCCAUGUUUUUUGGCAAAGUCGACACGUAGAUUUGACCUUCGCAUGCAACUUACCUCGAGCUCGGGGCUCAGGCACAAUGGACACCUCCGUUGCAUCCCCAAGCUUUCGUCUCCCUCCUCACGUAUCGCAACUCCCUCCAGAGUUAUUGACCAAGAUCUUCUUGCACCUAGCCGAUGCAUGUCGACAUCAGGCAAGAGCCAUGGAUUACUAUGAUAGUAGUGGCUAUGGACCAUACGCUUGGCUUCCAGUCACUUGUGUUUGUCACUUUUGGCAUGACGCAGCCCUCCGAUGCCCUUCGUUAUGGGCCUUUAUCGACGUAUCCUAUCCUCUGGAGCAUGUUAAAAUGCUGUUAGCGAGAUCUGGAAAAGUCCCACUCAUCGUGAAACCUACCCAUCGUUCCGAUGAUGCUGGGUCAAAGCAAGUUCAGCCUGAUCAAGUCGUUCUAGCGCUUGUGCUACAGGAGCUACCUCGGAUCGUGAAGCUGGAGGUGGAGAUCAUGGCAUCACUGGGGACAAAGCUAGAAGCGAUGGUUCAACGUCCAGCACCCAUGCUGAGAUCCCUCUGCAUCAAAAAGCUUUCCAUCUUCGAAGACGACCCUUUGAAUGAGCAGAAGAAGCGUUUCGCUCUCCGUUUCGACGUUCCUUUACUUCGUUCCCUCAAAAUAGUCGAUCUCAAAUUCUCAGAAGCAAAGACAUUGUUUCGAUCCUCAUUACGGAAGCUUGUCCUCGAGGCGACCGAGUACCCUCCUUUACGCGAAGUAUUGGACUGCAUACGAGAACUACCUCUUCUAUCAUCCUUAGAGCUUCGCGCUUUCGACUAUUUCUAUGAUAGCGAUACCGACUAUCCAGAGGACUACGAACCUGUUGCUUUGAAUCACUUGCAGUGGCUCCAUAUCAAGGGUUCGCAACACUACUCUCAGUUCCUCGAUAACCUUGAGGUCAGGCCAGGAGUAUCGGUGUUCUUUGAGAUGACGACUGAGGACAUGUUCGUUGAAGUCGAGGACAUCGAUACGAUGACUUACCGUGCUGCAACAUUAUCUGGACUACCAGAUUACGAUGCGGAACUGCCCCCAUCACGUUUGCUGCGAUCUGUGGUUGUCGAGGUCGAGCAGGUGGGUGAAGGCGUAGUAAUGGACAUCCGGGGCUGGGAUGUCGUCUUUCCUCAUGACGUAUUUGCACUGGCAAUCGAAGACCCUAGUUCAUUCCCCCGACCAUUUCUUCACCUCAAUCUCGAAAGUUUCUUCGUAAAUGACGACGUGGAGGCGCUGUCUUAUUUCUGCCGACACAUCGAUUUCGAGGAGCUCCAAGCCUUGAUUUUGGUUUUCAGCAGGCGAAGAGAUGUUGACAAGGGCAUGGGGCACGGAUUAGCAGACAUAUUCGACAGUCCCAGUAUCGGGACACUUAUCGUGCCGGAUUGGCAGGUGGGACAUUUAGCUGCGCUUAUCACAACGGGUGAUUGUGAUGUUUCCAUCCGUUCUCCGGAUGACCCGUUGCCUUCUCGAAUUCCGCCAAUACCCUUCCCGGGUCUCAAAACCCUCGUCACUUACCGUCUACGAUGGACUACUGAUGAUGAUGGCAUCAGGACCUCACGGCUACCACUCGCUACGGCGCUGAAAUAUCGAGCCAAGAACAAUGUUGGGAUAGAGACACUAUUGCUUCACAAUUGUCUAAACAUCGACAGUGAGGAUCUGGGAGAAUCGACAGUAGUUGUUCCUAACUUCGUUUGGGAGGUGUGGGGGGCGUCUAGACGAUGAGACCGAAUACUGUUCCUUGCUCGUCAGAGCAAGGUAGCCACCGGGGAGUUUGCGUGGACAUCCGAUUGCACACUUGUUUGCGCAUGUUUUUGCUUAAGAUAAGAUUAGGUAGACACUUAGCGCUUAAUGCCAAUGUGAGGUUGGGUUGCUGGC